AUGGAGAAAAUUCUCGUGAUUGGUGGAUUUAUAGAAAUAAAUUGUGAUUUCGUGACAGGCACUUUUCUUUAUCCAAUAAGAGUUGGCUGGCAAACUGUAUUCAAACAAAAUAAAAGACAAUUUUAUAUGCAUAUUACGGAAGGACAUGAAACUAAUGAAACACAACCAGGAUAUAGAUGUACUUCUGGUAGUAAAUAUAGUGAUAUAGAAUCAACACCAAGUGUAGCAAUUACAAGUUUAUAUAAGACUUUUUUCAACACAAAAACUAGGUUUUCUGUUUCACUUAUAUUGGGAUGGGAUGGUGAAAAAUUAUUAGAAAUAUCAUUAAAAGAUGUUUAUUUUUGUGCAUUAGAAUAUGAAAAAAAAAGAUCUUUAUUUGUACAACGAAUAGAAAAAAACAAUUGUCAAAUUACAAUAUAUACAUCUGAGAAUAAUUCAAUUACUUUUUGUGGCACAAACCCAGAUGAUACUUGGAAAAACGUUAGAUUAUAUAAAAAAUUUCGUGGAAUGGAAUUAUUUGGUCUUGAACAUUCAAUAACACAAAAGAUUAUUCACAAUAAACAAUAUGUAACUUGCACUUCUGCUGCAUGA